AUGUACCAAAUCGAAGAGCAUCUGGCACCGUUAACAGGCGUUGUUACAAACUCACUUUUGGACGAAUCCAGUUCCGAUGAUGAUUCCUGCGUUGAAAUUACGUCUGUUGUCGAUGAAAAUGAAAAUGAAUUAAUUAAAUGGACUACUUAUCUACAACUUAAUUCGGACAGCGACGAUGAUAGCGAUGAAAAUUAUUCUUCAACUCAACCUGCACCACUCGUCAAUUAUUCAUCGUCAGAAUCAUCUAGUGAUAAUGAAAACUUAUUACAAUCAUCUCAUCAAUCUACAUCUUCUAAUAACAACAGUAAUGCCGAUAUUACGUCUUCAUCAACAUCAACCAUCAUGAAAAAGCGUAAGCGACGUCAAUGGACCGUAAACGAAAAGUUAAAUGCAAUUGCCUGCUUCGAAAAAAACAACAGCAAACACCAAACAGCCAAAGACGUUGGAUGCGCUAUAAAACAACUUCGGAUGUGGAUCCAGAAUAAAGAUAAAUUAUUAAAAUUGGCAUCUCAAAAGAAAGGUAAAAAACGCAAGCGUCUCAAUGGAGGUGGUAAAAAAUUAACUUAUGUGGAACUUGAUUCUCGUUUAUUUGCCUGGUAUCGUCAAAAACGUACUGAUCCUGGAUCGACAACAAUACCUGCUUCUGAUAUUCGUAAGGAAAGAGUAACAUUUCGUCAACUUGAACGUCGUGGACGACAAUUAAGUGAAGAAUUAAAUCAUCCAUGUCCAUCAUCGAAAUGGUUUGGUCGUUUUCUUGUUCGUCAUCGACUCUCUCUUCAACGUCCAAAACGACAACAGAAGAUUCCACUCGAUGAUGUUCAUCAAAAAGCAACUUCAUUUUAUACUUUUCUUCGACGAGCAAGUCGAGGGGCUCCAAAACGUGGUGCAAUGGGGGCCUUUACUUCACGUGACGUCUUCAACAUGGACGAAUCUCCACUGGCAUUAUUCGGUGAUCAAUCAAAACGAUCAAUCAAUGAUAUCAACACUUGCAAUGAAGUAGAAGGAUGUUUGAGUAACAAAAGAUUUUGUACGGUCAUUCUCACAGUGUCAGGUGAAGAUCAACGUGUUGAUCCUGUUUUAUUAUUCAAAGGGAAGGGUCAUGUUUCGCCUGAUGAACAGAAACAAUAUGCCAAGGGUGUCAAGGUAACUCUUCUGAAUUAUACGUUCGAUCCAGCUACAAUCGAUUCUCCAUUAUUACAUAUUGAUGAAUCCGACGACAAUGAUGAAGAACAACAGCAAAUAUCAAUUCAAGCAAAAUUAGCUGAAGAUCAUGACAAAAAUUUAUCAAAUCAGAAAAAUAAACAAUUAAAAUUAACUCAUUUUUGGAAAAAGUAA